CCCUCUCUCUCUUUUCUCUCUAUACCUCCUCUUGGGUCGAGGCAGCGUUCCCGCCCGUUUCUCUCUCUUGUGUCUUAUUAUCGGUUCAUCCUCCCACCUAACACCUAUCGUAAUGUCUGCUGAAGCCGCUCCCGCUGCUCCCGUCGAGGAGGUUAAGCCUACCGAGACCCCCGCUGCCGAGCCUGAGGUCCCCACUGCUGAGGUCCCCAAGGCUGAGGAGCCCGUUCCCGCUACCGAGGUCGCCGUCGCUGCCCCCGCCGCCGAGGAGCCCAAGGCCGAGCAACCGGAGGCUGCUGCCCCUGCUGUCCCCGAGACCACCACCGAGGCUGCGACGGAGGAACCCGCGAAGGAGGAGGCCAAGCCUGCUGAGGAGGCCGCCCCUGCCGCUGAGGCACCCAAGAAAGAGGAGAGACCCAAGAGCCCUGGCUUGUUCUCCAAGCUGCUCGCGCCCUUGAAGAAGGCCAAGGGCCCGAAGAGCCCCAAGGCUGAGAAGAAGAAGGAAGAGGUUGAGCCCACUCCUGCUCCUGUUGCUGAGGAGCCCGCUAAGGAGGAGGCCAAGGCCGAGGAGACGCCUGCCGCUCCCGCUGCCGAGGAGGCUGCGGCUGCUCAGGCCGCCGAGCCCGUCAAGGAGACUGAGGUUGCUGCUGCCCCCGAGGCUGCCCCUGAGAACGCUGAGGCCCCCAAGGAGGCCGCAACGGAAGCAACCGAGGCUCCCAAAGAGACCCCCAAGGAGGAUAAGAAGGAGGAUGCUAAGAAGAGCAGCAAGGUCGGCCGCCGCUUGUCGGCGCGUGUUGGUGACUUCUUCAAGCCCAAGCACAAGGAGUCCCACAACACUCCCCCGAAGGUCGACGAGAACCCUCCUCAGAUUGAGGAGCCCGCUGCCGUCGCUCCCUUGGAGAACCCGGCCACUGAGACCGCUGCUGCUGCUGAGUCCGCCGCCGCCGAGCCCGCGAAGACGGAGGCCCCCGCAGCCGAGCCCGAAACCAAGCCCAUCGAGGCUGCUCCCACACCUGUCGCCGCUGCCGCAUAGACUCCAUGCCGUUGAAGACCUUCAACGCCCAUCGCACGAUAGUCACGAGCCCUCUGAUCAUCUCUCCUUGUCAUUUUCGCGUCAUCUUUGGAACCGCCUUUUUUACCCAUGAUUAUGUCUUCUGUUUCGUCGCUCAGCAUUUCAUUCAUUCAUUUAUACCUUACUCUCGGAUUUGGGUUUUGCGUUUGAUUACUACCUUGACGACUCUACUCAUCACGAUAACCCUGGUCCGUGUUUUCCACCUAAUUAGUCGUGGCGAUCCUGUGAUUCUAUUCUGCAUACCCCAUCUUUCUUUUCUUCAUUGGAUCGCUAUAGCAUGUGCCUAGUAUUCUUGUAAUGAUCUUUUCCUGCAAGAAUGGGUGACAUGGCACACAUGUGGAAGUAGACAAGAAAUAUACCUGAUCCGGCCCACCAGCAUGCAGUGACAACAUGAGUCAUUUUUAC